UUCCGGUCCGCGUCGUCCGCCUACUGUCUCGCCUAUAUUAUAUGCACCUCCUUCUCCUCCGCCUCUUCACAACUCGCCCAUCUCAAGCAACCUUCAGUGAAGAGAACCCUAUUUUCGUCUCUCGUUUCGAUCUCGCUGGGUCAUAUGGCGUCGCCGAAGGAGGAAGGAUUCCUGACGGAGGAGCAGAGGGAAGUGAUGAGGAUAGCGGCUCAGAACGCUGAGAUUGUUUCUCCGAGAUCUUGGAGCUCUUUGCUGGCUCCGGAGAUUAAGAGCAAGGCAGUCAGCGGUGGGAAAGGUUCGUCGGUUGGAGGUGGCGGUGCUAAGCACGUACGGCGCUCGCAUUCGGGGAAGGCAUUGCGGGCUAAAAAGGAUGGUGCUGGUGGUAAAGGAACAUGGGGAAAACUCCUUGAUACUGAAACAGAUUCAUGUCUUGACCGAAAUGAUCCAAACUAUGAGAGUGAAGAGGAACUGUAUGAGCUAGUGGCAGCUACUGUUUCAGACCCUGUAGAUAACUACAAGAAAUCUGUGGUGACAAUCAUCGAGGAAUACUUCAACACAGGUGAUGUGCAAUUGGCUGCUACUGAUCUUAGAGAGCUUGGUUCUGAUAAGUACCAUCAUUUCUUUGUGAAGAAGCUCAUUUCUAUGGCAAUGGAUCGGCAUGACAAAGAGAAAGAAAUGGCAUCUGUUUUAUUGUCCUCUCUUUAUGCCGAUGUGACGAGCCCAGCACAGAUUAGCCAAGGGUUUGUCAUGCUACUAGACUCUGUCGACGAUUUGACUGUGGAUAUCCCAGAUGCAGUUGACGUCCUAGCUUUGUUUGUUGCUCGCGCUGUUGUUGAUGACAUCUUACCUCCUGCCUUCCUCACCAGGGUAAAGAGAUCACUCAAUGAAUCCUCUAAAGCUUUUCAGGUUAUACAAAUCGCUGAAAAGAGCUACCUUUCAGCUCCCCACCAUGCAGAAUUAGUUGAACAACGAUGGGGUGGUACCGUUCACAUUACUGUUGAAGAGGUUAAGAAGAAGAUCACAGAUCUGUUGAGGGAAUAUAUUGAGAGUGGAGACACAACAGAGGCUUGCAGGUGCAUCAGGGAGCUUGGGGUUUCUUUCUUUCAUCAUGAGGUUGUGAAAAGGGCUCUAAUUUUGGCGAUGGAGAUUCAAACAUCAGAGCCUUCUAUAUUAAUGCUAUUAAAAGAAGCAGCAGAAGAGUGUCUGAUCAGUACUAGUCAAAUGGUCAAAGGAUUCUCAAGGCUUGCCGAUAGCCUUGAUGACCUUUCACUUGAUAUUCCAACUGCUAAGUCUUUGUUCGAAGUGAUAGUGUCUAAAGCAAUCUCUGAGGGAUGGCUGGACCCUUCCUUUCUCAAGUCUAAGGAUGUGUUUGAGGAUUGCACUGAUGAAGAACAUAUGAAAUUAAAACGGUACAAGGAAGAAAUUGUUACAACAAUUCAUGAAUAUUUUCUAUCAGGUGACGAAUCUGAUCUAACUCAAAGUCUUCGGGACCUUGCUGCUCCAGAUUACAAUCCUAUUUUUAUCAAAAAGCUGAUCACUCUGUCGAUGGAAAGGAAAAACAGGGAAAGAGAGAUGGCUUCUGUUCUGCUCUCCACACUAAGUAUGGGGAUGUUUUCAAGAGACGAUAUUGUUAAAGGUUUCAUAAUGCUUCUGGAGUCAGCUGAGGAUACUGCACUUGACAUCUUGGAUGCCUCUAACGAGUUGGCUCUUUUUCUUGCUCGAGCUGUGAUUGAUGAUGUGUUAGCACCCUUGAACUUGGAAGAGAUCAGCAACAAGCUCCCUCCCAAUUGCAGUGGAAGUGAGACUGUUCAUAUGGCUCGUUCUCUUAUUUCCGCACGGUAUGCUGGUGAGAGGCUUCUGAGGUGCUGGGGUGGUGGUACUGGCUUGGCAGUGGAAGACGCAAAGGAUAAGAUAACGAAGCUUCUGGAGGAGUAUGAAAGCGGAGGCGAUGUAGGGGAAGCAUGCCGAUGUAUCCGUGACUUGGGGAUGCCUUUUUUCAAUCAUGAAGUGGUUAAGAAGGCUUUGAUUAUGGCCAUGGAGAAGAAGAGUGACAGAGUCUUAGACUUCUUGCAAGAAUGCUUCUGCGAGGGGUUGAUCACAACCAAUCAAAUGACAAAAGGGUUCUCUAGAGUUAAGGACGGGCUGGAUGAUUUAGCCCUCGAUAUACCCAAUGCACAGGCAAAGUUGCAAACAUACCUAGACCAUGCCAAAAAACAGGGCUGGUUGCUGAUGUCUUUCUAACAGUGACGUUAGGCUCCAAAUCUCAGCAGAGUUGGAGACAUGCCAAAAAGCAGGGUUGUGUUGUUUCUUCUGUGGGACAUGGCACAUUGGUAGGAUCGACCUUUGGUGUAGCUGGUGGCUUUUCGAUGUAUUUUGGCAUCCAUGUCAGGUCAGAAAAUAGGUAUUCUAAAACGCACUUUCUGGGUCUUUUGUUUUUUUUUUAAUGCAAUGCAGAGGACUAGUUAGGAAAGGAGAACCCACAUCUGUUUUGUGAUCUCGAGUAAGUUCAUUGAUGAUGGCAUAACACUAGAAUGCAGGUUUAGUCGUCGAAAUUAUCAUCAUGUAUUUUGAAGUACUCUUCACCUUUCCUUUCAACUAUACUCAAUCUUAAGCUCGGUUUUUACACAAUAUAUUUUUGAGAGA